AUGUCCAAUCAAGAAUUAAUCAGAUACUGGAUACCGAGUUUCGAGAUCAAUAGAAAAGUGAUCACACAGGAGUUGCAAUAUCACCUCGGUCCCGAGGCAACAAUAAGACCGUACACUCAAAUGGGACAAGAUGGCUAUCUCAUUUCGUCGCCAGGACCUUGUCUUACAGACGAGCAAAUAGACGAUAUCUGCCUCAAGAGCAGAGAAGUGUGGGAGAAGCAAGCAGCGGCCAGGUCAAAGAAUGGACCAAACAAGGAUCUUAAGAGGCCACUGCACCAGCCAGUGAUUAUCUCUCGAGGGUCAAGCUCAAAACCUGGUCCACCAGAAUCGAGACAUCGGCAUCUAGGCGAUCGUGGCGAGGAACCUUCGAGACGCAGUGUAGGCGAACAAAGAAGGGUAGACUCCUCCCACCGGCGGUAA